AUGAAUGCGGCUUCAAAUCUAUUUCCUUCUGCCGCUAUACUCCUCUGCCUUUGGCAUGCAAACAAGGCAGUCUUAGCUCGAUGUCAACCCAAGUUCCCAGAGGCUGAGGAGUGGAAGGAAUUCAACGAGUUCUGGCACUCGAUCAUUGGCUCACCGACGGAAGAUGAGUAUGCCAAGCGACUAGUCGAGUUUCAGCAGAGAUAUACCCCUGAGCACCUCGAUGAAGUGGGGUAUAUCAACGCUACAUGGCUUAACCCUUUCAAGGAGAAGCUUGUCCGCGCGUGGGUCGACCAGUCAAGUCAUUUUGGCAACACGGCUACCUCACGAGUGGAAGGUAUCCAUGCCCUCCUCAAGUCUUAUUUGAGAAGGUCGACACUCGACCUCUUCGAAGCUUGGAAAGCAAUUCGGCUUGCUGUUCUCAACCAACUAUCAGAGCUACAAGCACGCGAGCCUCUUCUGCUCAACGACUUCCAUUCGCACUGGCAUCUAAGACGCAAUGGGGCCCCACAGUUACUUCUUGAGCCUCGCCAGCGUACUGAGCCAAUUCAAGCGCGAAGCUCACUCCCAAAGUCGAGUACCAAGCGGGAGCCGAGCCACUUUGAGGUAGUGGAGGCUCAAGCAGCCCAACCGCGCCGGGCUCCAAGUCGAUGCACUAAGUGCAAUGGAAUUGGUCAUACGAGGACCUCAAAGGCAUGCCCUUUACGCGGGCCCCCAUUCACCCUCUCUGAAUUAGUCAUCAAGAUUGGAGUGAUUGUUCUGUGGCCAGCAGCGAAGGCGGCCCCACAACAUGUGCUGGGGGUCGACCAGCAGCACGGACCCCCUGGGUCUGGAAACCUCGCCAGCGCAGUGCCAGCUUUGCCGUUAACGUGCCCGGAAUGUUGUAACACGCAUCCACGCUGCGACCAACUGUCCGAUUCCAUCCGCCACAAUAUCCCCCCGUUUGGCCUGCCCGAGCCUCUCCCAACACAAACGUCGCGCACGGCCACUACUUUAGCGCAAACCCGUAACCUCUGUUCCUGCGUCAGAUCUGCGCCAACAACAUCAGCCGACACUCGAGCAUUUCACAAAGCCGCGACCGCCGCCAUGUCCGUCGAAAUCGACCCCGUGGAACUUGGGUUCCGCACUCCCAAGCAGUACUGUGUUCGGCCGAACUCGGGCCGCAUCGAGCCGGGGCAUGAGGUCGAGGUAUCCGUCCUCCUGCAGGCAAUGAAGCAGGAGCCGCCGUCCGACGCCAAAUGCCGUGACAAGUUCCUCGUUCAGUCCGUCACGAUCACCGCCGACAAGGAAUUCACAAACGUGACACAGAUUUGGGAUGGAGUAGAGAAGUCGGCCGUUCAAGAAAAGAAGAUCCGGGUCGCCUGGCUUCCGCCACACGAAGGGCCUUCUCAGCCCGUCGCUACCCCUAUUCGGCAGACGGCUACGAAUGGGUUCGACGCUACCCCUGACACCGCACCGCCGCCCGCCUAUUCCUCCCCGCAGGACGACACCACCGUCCUCGAGGACACCACCGCGAUUUCCUACCCCGAGCAGGACGAACCCCCCCACGAGCCCGAGUCCACACAAGCCACCCAGGCAACAGCCUUCGCCGGCCCCUCCGCCGUUGCAGGCAGCGUCCGAUCCGCCGCGACCGAAACCUACGAGGAGCUCAAGGAGCGGCUAGCCAAGGCGGAAGCGACCGCCGCCUCCCUCAAGAACGAACUGGCCAGCGGGCUCCGGCAGCGCAAGACAGGGAACAGGUCAGAGGACAGCAGCAGCGCGGGGGUGCCGAAGCUCGCACAGGCCGAAAGGCAAUCGUCGCGGGGCACCGAGGGCGUGCCCGUCGGGAUCGUGGCGUUCCUCUGUCUCGUGAGCUUUCUGUUGGGGUAUAUCUUCUUCUAG